AUGGCAAAUUUUCCUGAAGGAUUUAUUGCUCCAGACGGAGGCUGGGGAUGGAUGGUGGUCAUAGCAUUUGCUGUAGCCAAUAUGAUAAUAGUUCCACUAAUCCGUGGAUUUACGUUGAUUUACAAAAGACACAUUUGCUGCCAUUGGAAUGUCAACAACAAACGUAUCUCAAUUGGGUUCAGCCUUGCACUUGCAUCAUAUUCCUUGGCGUUAAAUACAUAUUUCAAGAAGAGGCGACAUAGAGCUGCCGGAAUCGCAAUGACCAUAACGGGUAUUGGCCCAAUUUUUGUCCCGCAUAUGAUAACAUAUUUUGUCCAAAAUUAUGGUGCUUUAGGUUGCAUGUUGAUAUUUGGAGCGAUUGCGACUCACACAUUUGCAACCGCUUUACUUUUGCAACCAGUUAAAUGGCAUAUGAAGAAACAUGAUUCUUCUCAAAAAAUUAAAGACUUUCCAAAAGAUAUUAAGCAGGAUACUUUAAAAAAUUGCGAGAAGAAACAGAAAUUGUGUUCUGUUGUUAUUACAAAGGAAGAGAAUUCUAAAGAAGUUAACUCAGAACCGAAAAUGGUGGACAGUAUUUGGGAUGUAUUUUUAUCUGAAGAAGAACAUGAGUAUUUGGAGAAGAAAAAAAAUAAAGCUCCAAUAACGAGGGCAACGAUGGAUGGAGAGUUACAAAUUGGAGAUCAAAGUCUACACCCAUCCCUAAGUGCAAUUUCUAAAGAAAAAAGUCAUUCUGUCACAUUGACGAAACUUACAAGUCUAUUGGAGAGUCAACCAGAUAUGGUACAAAGAAAGUAUGCCAGCCAACCAAUUAUUUAUAAUGAAGAUAUAAAAAAUUAUGACGACCGAGAAAAAUCGCAUAGAAUAUCAGUCGUUAUGGAUUAUUUAGGAGAUGAUAAACUGAACACAUAUAAUGAAUAUGAUGACAGAAAUGAAACUGAAACAAGUAAAUUAACCGGAGAAAAUAAAAUACAAACAAUUUGCAUGGAGAAUGGCACAGCAAUAGUAUCCAAAGAUCAACUUAAAAAUUCAGACAAAACAACAUGCUGUGAACAAUUUACUGAAAAAGUAGUUCAGUUUUUCGAUUUGAAGCUGCUCGCAGAUCCAACAUAUAUUGUGAUAAUGAUAGGAAUUUCUACCUCAAUUUUUUCGGAAAUGAAUUUUUCGAUGCUGACUCCUUUUAUUUUGGGCGAUAUGGGAUUAACUCGACAUGAAAUUGCUUAUGUCAUGUCUGUGAUUGCUAUUUCUGAUAUUAUUACCAGAUUUAUUUGUCCAUUCAUUGGAGACUACUUCAAACAGACGCCGAGGAUGAUGUUUAUACAUAGUCUUGUCAUAUUGAUUUUGACUAGAACAGGUAUUGGGCCGAUUUUUGUUCCGCAUAUGAUAACAUAUUUUGUCCAAAAUUAUGGUGCUUUAGGUUGCAUGUUAAUAUUCGGAGCGAUCGCGACUCACACAUUUGCAACCGCUUUACUUUUGCAACCAGUUAAAUGGCAUAUGAAGAAAGAUGAUUCUUCUCAAAAAAUUAAAGACUUCCCAAAAGAUAUUAAGCAGGAUACUUUAAAAAAUUGCGAGGAGAAACAGAAAUUGUGUUCUGUUGUUAUUACAAAGGAAGAUAAUUCUAAAGAAGUUAACUCAGAACCGAAAAUGGUGGACAGUAUUUGGGAUGUAUUUUUAUCUGAAGAAGAACAUGAGUAUUUGGAGAAGAAAAAAAAUAAAGCUCCAAUAACGAGGGCAACGAUGGAUGGAGAGUUACAAAUUGGAGAUCAAAGUCUACACCCAUCCCUAAGUGCAAUUUCUAAAGAAAAAAGUCAUUCUGUCACAUUGACAAAACUUACAAGUCUAUUGGAGUGUCAACCAGAUAUGGUACAAAGAAAGUAUGCUAGCCAACCAAUUAUUUAUAAUGAAGAUAUGAAAAAUUAUGACGAACGAGAAAAAUCGCAUAGAAUAUCAGUCGUUAUGGAUUAUUUAGGAAAUGAUAAACUUAACACAUUUAAUGAAUAUGAUGAUAGAAAUGAAACUGAAACAAGUAAAUUAACCGGAGAAAAUAAAAUACAAACAAUUUGCAUGGAGAAUGGCACAGCGAUAGUAUCCAAAGAUCAUCUUAAAAAUUCAGACAAAACAACAUGCUGUGAACAAUUUACUGAAAAAGUAGUUCAGUUUUUCGAUUUGAAGCUGCUCGCAGAUCCAACAUAUAUUGUGAUAAUGAUAGGAAUUUCUACCUCAAUUUUUUCGGAAAUGAAUUUUUCGAUGCUGACUCCUUUUAUUUUGGGCGAUAUGGGAUUAACUCGACAUGAAAUUGCUUAUGUCAUGUCUGUGAUUGCUAUUUCUGAUAUUGUUACCAGAUUUAUUUGUCCAUUUAUUGGGGACUACUUCAAACAGACGCCUAGGAUGAUGUUUAUACAUAGUCUUGUCAUAUUGAUUUUGACUAGAACAGGUCUUAUAUAUUGUGAUACUUAUUACGAAAUAUUAUUAUGCGCUCUGGGUCUUGGAAUAUCCAAAGGAAUUCGAGUAGUCUAUACUGGUUUGAUCAUACCAGGUUAUGUUUCUCUGGAAAGAUUACCAUGUGCAUUAGGUUUACAAAAUGUAUCAAAUGGUAUAUUUGUAUUAGCAUUUGGACCACUUCUAGGUGUGAUACGUGACUAUUCUGGAUCUUAUACUAAAGUAUUGAUUUUCUUAAAUACUGCAGUUCUUCUUAUUAUUGUGAUAUGGGGUAUCGAGAGCCAAUGGAAAGCAUCCCGAACCAAAAAACUUUCCAAAAAUGAUAUUGUUAUACAUGAAUAA